AUGAUGAGGAAGACAGAUCCAGUGGAGACAAAGAUUGACCUGGGAGACACUGAUGAUGAAGACCUUGAUGCAGACCUGUAUGAGGACCAUGAGGAGCCUCAGCUGCUAUGGAAGGCUGAACUGGGGGACAGGAUGGAUGAGGUGGAAGCUGUGUCCCCGUUAGUGGAUCUUAGUGACACCAAGCCGCUCCUGAAUGAGAGAGACCCUCGAGGAGUCAACGAUUGUUUGAAGGUGAGCUUUGAGGAUGUGAUAGCAGAGCCGGCGUCAGUACGUAGCGGAGACAAAGUGUGGAUCUGGAGCAACGCCCUGUUCGAGGUCACCAGGGUCUGGAUCUACCGCAUAGUGACCGUCCUGCUGGCCGUCCCUGUGUCCAUCAUCACUGGACUGAUCUUCGCCAUCCUCAGCUUCCUACACAUAUGGUUCUUUAGCCCAUUCGUGCAUCAUAUCCUUAUAAUCACAUACUGGCUGCAGAGCCUAUGGAGCAUCGUACUGGACAUUGGUGUCCGCCCACUCCUCACUAGUGCAGCAAGGUGCUAUGAUGGAAUCAGACUUCGCCUGACUCAGGAAUGA